CUAGUCAAGCCGUUCAAGGUCGUUGAAACGAAAGGGCGGGUACAUUUCAAAAGGACCUAACGUUUAAACCUUGCCGGAGACCUGCCUCUCGCUCACGCAGUUGUAUUCUUCGAAGUUUUUGGAAAUAGGUAUGAUAUGCUCAAAACACACUUCUAGUAAGUCUCGAUUACUUCUAUUUGCAGAUUUGUUCCAUAAUGUGUUUCGCUGGGCUUCCAGUCAGGUGGUUUUCAAUAGUACAAAUAUACCAGACAUAAAAGUUCCAAGGUCUUUAAAUGCUGUUGCCGAGAAAACUCCACAACCAAAUAUUUUGGGCCAUCAUGUUAUUACAGAGGAAUGUUUGACUUCAUUAGUGGAAGAUAAACAAUAUUACGAAACCCCCAUUCUUCAUUUACUCUCACGAAGAAACAACGUGAUUGCAACACUAACUGAUUGUAAUGGACGAGUUCUGAAUGGCACUAGUUGUGGUGCUGAAGGUUUCCGGAACGCUCGUAAAAUGUCUACUGUUGCUUUUCAAACUGUGGGUAUCUCCAUAGGACUGAAGGCGAAAAAACUUGGGAUUGGGGCUGUGCGUGUUGUAUUUAAUGGGCUAGGGUCAUGUAGGUUGCCUGUGCUCUCAGGUUUGAAUAUCUCGGGACUAAAGAUGAUCUCUUUGACGGAUGAUACAAAGGUUCAUUAUGGCCAUGGGAGAAGACCUAGAAAACAACGUAGGAUUUAAAAGGAACUUUCGCAUCCCUCCUAAUAUUAUCAUAGUAGUGGGAGUGUACAUAAUAUAAACCCUAAAUUUCGGCCUAUUUAUUUGUGAGUCUUCUGUGUGUAGUUGCAAAUUACUUUUCAAGUUUGCGUUAAUGAAACGUUGAGAGAUUCUAUUUACUGGUCAGAAUGUUAGACAAACUGUCACAUUUGAUGUAAAAAUGCAUCGCUCUUAAUGAAGAUGUGUAUCUUAUCGGAAAUCCCAGAAAUUUCAAGAAACUCAAGGCAAUUAAAAAAGACGCUUAAUUCGUUCUCUGUCCUAAGUUCUUCCCAAUAAAAGAUAACAUGAACUACCAAAUGAUUGUAUUACUGAUUGCC